CCAUUUUAAUUCACCACAGAUCGUUGUCAUCCUCAGAAACAGUUUGUUGGCAAACCAGCAUUUCGCAGCUCAAGCUCGUCACAGUUUCCUGUGUGGUUGUACAGCUUGUCACUUUGAUCAGGAGGAGUUCAGACUCAGACACUUCUGGGCAGCUAUAUUAAGACCAGCAGAUCCAGCAUUCCAAAUGUCAAAUCCAGUGGUCACCCAUCAACCUGGUGCAGGCGGCUAUGGAACAAAUGUCCAGACGGGAGAGUGGAGCACAGGCUUGUGCUCGUGCUUCAGUGACUGUUUAGUCUGUGCGCUCGGUUUUUUCUGCCCACUUGCACUGAACUGCUAUACAGCAAAUAAAUAUGGUGAAAACUGCUGUUUGGGUUGUGUGCCAGGAGGCAUGACAGCCAUGAGGACUCAUAUGAGACUGACUUAUGGUAUUCAGGGGACCAUAUGCAAUGAUGCCCUCAUGACCUGCUGCUGUGGACACUUUGAAGUGUGCAGGAUGGCACGAGAAAUCCGCAUCAGGAAUGGGGACAUUUCACUGUAAAAAGAUAUUCGCUGAUGUCCAGAUCACAUAGAAGUAAUUCUGUUGGUAUUCACUGUUGUUGUGUGAUCAGCAAAAACAAAACAGCUAACAAAAAAUCUGUAGUUCAGUGUAUUACAUGUCAUUUUCCCCACAUCCUUAUAUUAUGCAAUAACAAAAAUAACCAGACUACUUACUGCAUUACUGUAAAUAAAUGGCAUUGCUCACACA